GGCGGGGAUUGAAAAGUUGAGCUCUAAGAAAAAAGGUUCUCUUUCCACUUCUCUAAAAAACUCUUCCUCUCUACAUUCAUGAUGCAGCUGUGUGGAGCUCUGGUUCUGUUUGCGACUCUAUCCACAGCAUGUGGUCUGAGAUGCUACACCUGCACAGCCAGCGAGCCUAAAUCCUGCACAGACACCAAAUCUUGUUCCGUCAUCUUCAACCGCUGUUUCUCUCUCAAAGUAGAAGGAUACAACAUCGUUACCAAGGGCUGUCAAACCAGUAUGGUAUGUGGAGGUGCCAUGGAUUGCUGUGAGGGGAACUUGUGUAACAGCGCCGCACUGACUGGUCCCAGCGUCAUUCUCCUGCUGGUGUCCUCCACCAUCAUCACGCUGUUGCUCUGAAGCUCCAGCUGAGAAUAUGUUGUGGUUUCUAUGCUGCUCUUUUUCUCACUCAGUGUAAAACUACUUUCGAGUUCCCUGUACAAAGAGGUUUUGGAUCAGGACAAACACAAUAUUCCUCAGGAU